AUGGGCGUCGCCAGGAAGCGUUCACGAGCUCUUGCUGUGGAGGAGGUGCAGGAGAAAGAGAUGGUGGAGGUGAAGGAGAAGGGGAAGAAGGGGAAGAAGGGGAAGAAGGGGAAGGAGGUGAAGGAGGAGGUGGAGGAGGCAGCAGGCGAGAACGACUACGAGGAGAGGAGGAAGCUGAACAUCGCAAGGAACCAGGAGAUCCUGUCCUCCCUCAUGAUCCAGCAGGAGAAGCUGGCGAUGGAAGAGCUCAAGACCAAGGAGGCCCCCAAGAGGUUCCAGAAGAAGGAGAAGAGCGCCCCGUCCGAGCCCCAUCCCCUCAGGCGAUCAACCCGUGGCAAGGUGCAGGAGGAAGGCUCCAAGGACGGAGAGCAUAAGGUGGUAGAGCAGCCGGCAGAGACGAAGGAUGUGAAGACGCUGGAAGACAUCGAUAUGAGAUCACCGGCCAGCUGUGUCGCUGAUGUGACCGGCGAGGAGCUGACCGUCUUCCACGAGAGCGUGAGGGACCGAGGAGAGGUCAAGCGCGUCUCGCACUCGGAUGGACGAGCUUACCAUGCCAAGCUCAAGGCUAUGGCACUGAGCAGCCAGGAUUCCGUCACCUCCCGCCACCCUCCCUCCCGGGUCAAGGUCGUCAAGGAGCGAAUUUUCUCAAUGGCCUUCCACCCAGGGCGCAAGGCGCUGGUUGCUGCUGGUGACAAGUGGGGACAGGUCGGGUUCCUCGACAUCGGGUCGGAUGCUGCUGCCUCCUCCUGGAGCGAGCGAGUGUUCGUGUUCCGCCCGCACAUCCGCCCAGUCACCAGCCUACUACACGACAAGGAGGGCAGCAGGAUGUGGUCGUGCAGCUACGACGGGUCUGUGCGAUGCCUGGACUACAGCAAGGGAUGCUUCUCGUGCAUCUUCGACUCGGACGAAGUGAUGUUCACUGACCUCGGCAUGAGCUGCGAUGGCAGGACUCUGCUCGCCGCCACCAACGAUGGGGACCUCUUCCUCCUAGACCCUACAGGCAGCAGGAGCAGGGAGCCGCUCUCUGUCCUUGACGUGCAUGAGAGGAAGGUUUCAUCCGUCCACUUCCAUCCUACCGACCCCAACCUGUUCGUGACCGCCAGCAACGACCAGUCAGUCCGGCUCUGGGACCAGCGCAAGGUGGUACGCUCGAAGCCGCUGGGCUCGCUCAGCCAUGGCCUCGGAGUUACCUCCGCCUUCUUCGCUCCCUGCGGCUCGGGCAAGGUUGUCACGACCUGCAACGACAACUACAUCAGGAUCUGGGACUCCAAGAAAGAAGACAAGGUAGUGAAGGUGAAGCACAACAACGAGACGGGUCGCUACAUCACCAACUUCCGAGCCUUGUGGGACCCAAAGUCGUCCGACACGAUCGUAGUCGGAAGCAUGAACAAGAAUCUUGACAUCAUCGCGGCUGACGGCUCCUACGUCGCCUCGAUCUCGGAUGACAACUGUACGGCGAUUCCUGCGGUCAAUGCCAUCCAUUGCUCCCUUGACUUGAUCGCCUCUGGCAACGGCUCGGGAUACGUCAACGUAUGGCAUUGUUAG